ACGUAGAGACACCGGGCGGAUAUGACGUCAGCCGGUAUGAAAACAUGGUUGAACAGGCUGAAAUCCGCGUGGUUCACCAAGGUGGCAGUAAUAUAACCUUCAGGGAGCCGGCUAUAAGCUCCGACUCCAGGUUCCUUCUCUGCGCUUCGGGACACAAUGUGAAGGUGUUCAGUACCGUCACCGAGGAGUGUGUCCAGGAGCUGCGGGGCCACACGGACCUGGUGACCGGUGUGCUGAUCAGACCUUCCAACCAUCUGCAGGCCUACUCCUGCUCAGCAGAUGGCACUGUGAGGCUCUGGGACUUCACCGAUGGGAUCCUCAUUAAGACGUACCUCAUCGGGUAUCCCAUCUGCUCCAUUUAUGCCUCGGCCAGCCAUGAUGGCGUCGUCUUCAUCGCCACGCCAACGAAAGGACACAAAACUUUGGAUUCUCUCCAACUCCUGGCCGUUCAUCUCCCUCAGACCGCCGGCCAGCUGGUGGAGACCUCUGACCUCUCCGCCGUCCUCUCUGACGUCAGCCCCAACCCGGCGACUGUCGCCUUCGGCAGAGCGGGAGAGUAUGUGGCCUCCACUAACGGCGUUCAGCUGCAGAUCUUCUUCUUCAAGAAGCAGAAGUCCUUCAGAUUCUCUCUGAAGGAAAACAGCUGCAGCGGCCGCAGCAACACCUUCACCUGCGUCGCCUGCCACCCGACGGACGACUGCGUCGCCACGGGACACGAAGACGGAAAGAUUCGGCUCUGGAGAAACUUCGACCAGAAGAGGGAGUACACCUACCGCACCCUGCACUGGCACCACGGCGCUGUGCGCGCGCUGCGCUUCACUCCUGAAGGCUCCAACCUGUUGAGCGGCGGCGUGGAGUCGGUUCUGGUCCAGUGGCAGUACCAGCAGGAGAGCCAGCAGGACUUCCUGCCGCGCCUCGGCGCCGCCAUCACGCACAUCGCCGUGUCACCAGACGGGGCGCUGUUCUGCACCUCCCACAGCGACAACAAAAUCACUGUCAUCCAGAGUUGUGUGAAAGUGUCGUCCAUCAUUCAGGGUCUAGUCAAAGGCGAAGCCGUCCAGACGGACCUGAUGGUCGACCCGCGCAGCAAAGCUCUGGUUCUGAACGGGAAACCGGGUCACCUGCAGUUCUACUCCCUCCACAGAGACAGACUACUGUUCAACCUGGACGUGGUGCAGCAGGAGUUCAUUCACCAGGAGGGUCUGGACCAGUUCCAGGUUGUCAUGGCGACACUGGAUGGCGCUGGCGCCUGGUUGGCCACGGUGGAGGAGCGGAAGCAGGAAACGGCGGAGGCGGAGCUUAAUCUGAAGCUGUGGGCGUUCGAUGAGCCGAGCCAGAGCUUCGUUCUGAACACCACCGUCUCAACGCCCCACGAGGCCCGGAUUACGGCCGUGACCUUUGACCCGGCGGCCCGCGGCCAGACCUCCCUGCUGGUCUCCUGCGGCCAAGACGGACUUUUCAAAGCCUGGGGGCUGGCGGCGCCGGCCCACCCGGACGACGGCGGUCCUUCCUGGUCAUGUGACUUCGUGUCGGCCUAUCACGGCCUUGCGCCGCAGCGCUGCUGUUUCUCCGCUGACGGCUCACUGCUGGCCGUCGGCUUCCAGGAAGUGGUUACCGUCUGGAGCCCCGCCUCCUGGGAGCUACUGCUCACGCUGUCGCAGCCGCCGGGCAACAUCAGGGAUCUCUGCUUCAGCCGGCUGAGCUGCUCCAAGUUUCUCCUGGGAACAACCAGCUGCAACCAGCUGUGCUGCUGGAACCUCCUCACCUGCUCCUUGGAGUGGAGCACGUCCAUGGAGGUGAGCCUGCUGCUGGCAGACCCGCUGUCUGACAACAUGGCCGCCUUCUGCCACCAGGACGGGAACACAGACCUUUUUGUCUUCAAGCCCAGCGAGCCGCGGCCGCUGUUUUCCCAGAAGGCCGUGUGCUCGGGGCGGGUGAGCCGCGCCGUCUUCGCCCCCAGGGAGGUGGCGCUAGAGAGCUGCGAGGAGAGCAGCAGGUGGCUGAACCGCUCACAGCUCUACUUCCUGACGCCGCUCAUGGACCUGCUGACCUUCAGCACCAGAGCAGAGGAAGAACGGCUGAUGGCUGCAAGCAAACAGCUCGUGGUUGACGACAGCGUUGCCAUGACGCCCUUCCAGCUGUUGCUGGGGAAACGCCCACCCCACCACCAAGCGGUCGGCCUGCCCGCCGAGCUCCCGGCACCGUCUGGAGGUUCUGCUGCAGUCAGAGAGCUGCUGCAGAGUCCGGCUCACGUCCUGCCGGCCGCCGCCGCGCUCUGCUCCGCCUUCAUGGAGGCUCUGCUCGGCGUCGCCACGGAAACCAGGGAAAAGAAAACCUCAGCUGGAGAAACGCCCAGCGACAUGGAGGAGGAGGAGGAGGAGGAGGAGGAAGAUUCAGACGAGGAAAUGGAAACCAGAGCCACACGGUCAGAGGAGGCGCCGCUGGAGACGGACAGCGCCGGCCCGGUUCUGAGCAGAGCCCAGGUCAGGGAGCUGAGGCGGGUCAGGAAACUGGACCACAGCUGGUUCUCCAGCCUGCUGGACUCCUGAGCACCAGAACCAGAACCUGGGAGCGGUUCUGGGUUUCCUUCCAGGAAGGAGAAGCGACAGGAAGCUGGUUCUGGACGUGGACGGGUUCUGACCCAAUUCUUCCUGUUGGCUCCAUCGGACCGGUUCCAUCUGGUUCUGAUGUUUAUUUUAUGACUCCUGAAAUAAUAAACCUCACUGAUGGUUUGUGCCGAUCAGGCAGAACAUUACGACCGGCGUCCGUCUGAGCCAUGUCCGGACAUUUUAGUAGAAAUUAUUUUAAUGGAUUUUCUCACUGGACAUCUUGAUAUUCUGCAGACUGUCCCUUUAAGAGCCUCCGGCCAUCGCUCUCACUGCGUCUCCAGUGGUCAUAAUGUUCUGCCUCGUCCUUGUGACUCAGCUUUUACUAAACUUGAGUUGCAGAGAACUGAAUUAGUUUUUCCUUAAUUUUCUUACAGAAACAAGAUUUUAAUUGUUUUGUUUCCUAAGAACAAAAAAGUUUGGAUAAUUUUUUUAUUUAUUCCAGUAAAAUAAAAACUGAGUUUUC